AAACAGCACCUGACAAUCCAAGAUUAAAUAAGGAAUAGCUAACAGUAUAUAACAGAAAUUGUUUCAAAGUUAAUAUUGUGCGGAAGCUUAAAUUGUUUGCAUUAUUUACUUUCGUACUAAGUAUUAGUGUUUUUAUGCGUUUGUUUAUUAGUUUUACAAAUACUGUUGUGAACAAAACCAGUAAUUGAAAGGCUGGGGUGAGGCUGAAUAAGCGUAAUACUGGUAAUGAGUAAAGCGAAUAAUAGAGUGACGGAUAGAAUUGACGCCAUCUUUUAACAUAUGUAUGAGAUUAAUUAUCAAAGAGAAAAGUGCUUGAAUAUUGAAAAAUUUUUCUAAAUGAGCUUGAUUAAUUUUCUGAACUCAAAACUAAAACCCUCCGUUGAAUGUGAAGCACUAUGUGAAGAUGGGUAUUCGGCAAACAAUUUGAUAGCAGACGAUGCGGAACAGCUGUCACGCGGCUUUAUGGCGUAUGCCGUCACUAAACCCCCCGUAGAGAUUGUUUUUGAAUUUCCAAAAGCUGUAGAAGUGAAGGUCAUCAAGUUAUGGAAUAGUAAUGGUGCUUUACGUUCAACAGCCUUUGAGCUGCAUGGCAAGUUCGAGGGUAUUUGGGAGCGAGUUGCCUACGCUCGUGACCUUGCUGAAUGCGUCGAAUCUGUGACCUUUUGCUAUCAGAGCGAUUAUAAUUCUCGCAGCAAUGCCGAAAGUGAUGCCGCUCAAGCGCAAAGCAAAAAGGCGUUUUUCUUCAAGACGGCUCACCGCUUGCUUGCAAACGCAAGUAGUCUGAAGGUGAUAGUGUGUGCAACAAAACGAAGUCCCCCUUUAUUGCGGAAAAUCGAGGUAUGGGGUUUACCCUCACGGUCAUUGGAAAAAGCAGAUCGGGAACUUGUAAAAACAAUAUGGAGUGAAAUUGUAAAUCCACAUGGUUUUCGCACACCAACAGACCGCAACCAACGCUCGCCAUCACGAAGUGUGCCAGAGUUAAAUGAGUACUCAACAUUGAAAAUACCAGAAGAGUUCCUGGAUGAAAUCACUUGGGAAUUGAUGAUUUUUCCCACUGUGCUCCCCUCAGGUAAAAUUGUGGACCAAUCCACUAUUGAUAAGCAUUCUGAAGUGGAGGCCAAAUGGGGUCGUUUGCCAUCGGAUCCAUUUACGGGCCUCGAAUUUACCUCACACCGGAAAGCCAUUCUUAACCUCGCUCUCAAAGCCCGCAUUGAGAAAUUCCUAAUGGAAAACUCGGAACAUUUUAAAACAGUACCACGUUGUUUGGGCAGUUCCUUUGUUCGCCGAAGCAAAAAUCGACAUGCAUCACAAUUCGCUAAUUUAUGCCAACGUCAAACUUCAUCAGCCGGAACCUAUUCAUCACUAUCAGCGGCGUUUUAUAAAUCUUCAUCACAAGCCUCGGCUACAGCUACACUGUCAUCGCCAAUAUUGCCCUCAAAACGGCCAAGGCUUAGUGACAAUGCAACAUAUCGUCCAGAAACAUUAUCCGUAACAACUACAACACAAACUACAUCUAGCACUGCAUUGUCAUUUUCGACCAAGUCAAUACCACAUUCAACAGCAGCUUCCUCAGCUUUGUCUACAGCGUCUUCCACCGCAAUAACAAGUGGCAUCGAACACGCCAUUCAAGAAGCGUUAAAAAAUGUUACGCGUUAUACACACCCGGCAGCAGAAACAAAGCCUGCUACUUGUAUUCGCUGCAAAACGGAAGAUUUUUCAUAUGAAAUUAUAACUUGUGGCCAUCUUGUUUGCCGGUCUUGCCUAGGGCAGUUGACUAAGGAUGAAAUGUGUACAUGCAAAACCACUUUUAGAACAAUCGAUGUGGAGCGUUAUCAUAAGUUGUAGAUGUCGAAAAUUUUGGCACAGGCCGUACAAGAACUGAUUACUAGGAAUGCAAUCAAAUUUUUAUGUUGAUCUUAUAGUUUGGCUCAUUUGUUCGGUCACUGUUAUGAAUCGUUGGCGAGUAUAACUGCGAUUUGGCUAAAAUAAAUAUUAUGCCAUUUAUGAUGUCUCUGGCAGGCAUAAUAUUUCAGAAUGCUCAAUUAGGGCAUUACUAAAAGGCUUUAAUGGAACAGGUUUUGUGAUUCAUACGCUUACGUUCAUAAAUACAAAUAUGUUGUAUGUAUGUUUUAAUUUUUGUAAUAUUAAUUUUCCAACGAUUUGUAACAGCUCUCGGAUCGUUAUUUUAGUCUCAGGCUAGAUUUAAGUACCAUUUAAAAACCACGAAAUAAAUACAAAAUUACAAGAA